AUGAUUAUACGUUUUCGAAGUAGGAUGGGAAUGUCCCGUGCGGAAUUCCAACCUACAGACACCUUGCAAACGUUAAAGGACUACGUUUUGUUUAAUGUUUUAAAAAAUCAAUACACUGCUGAAAACGUUUCACUUUGCAAAGAUGAGUCAGACAUGGGUACACCUUGCUCUCAAGUCGACGAGAAAACCCUGCAGGCAGCAGGCCUAGUGCAUGGAAACAUGGUUUUUUUGCGACUUGGGUCUCCUAGAGAAUUACCAGCAUCAACUCCUGUUCCUCCUGGUAAAGAAGGUGUUGCUGAAGUUGAAGUCUCAAAAGACAACGCUCUGUCUGCUACAAACUCCAGUAAUGUUGCCUCGGCUCAUGUUGUUCAAGACAAUAUAGAUGAUGCUUUUGAAUUGCAAGAUGGUCUUAUUCCUCGAUCUACCUCAGCGUUUUGUCGACAUGGACCGAAAGGCAUGUGCGAUUAUUGCUCUCCUUUAGAACCGUAUGACGAAAAUUAUCAACGAGAAAACAAAAUUAAACACAUGUCAUUUCACGCUUAUUUGAGAAAGGUAAAUUCUAAUGUAAAUAAAUAUGCCAGUUCCCAGUCCUUCAUUCCUCCCCUGGAAGAGCCUUACUUCAAAGUUAAAGAAAAAUGUCCUUCUGGUCAUCCUCCUUGGCCUUUGGGUAUCUGCUCCAAGUGUCAACCCUCUACAAUCAUGAUGAACUUGCAACCUUUCCGAAUCGUUGAUCACGUUGAGUUUGCUUCUCCUUCUAUUGUCGAUUCUUUCUUGAACGCUUGGCGAAGAACUGGCUUCCAGAGAAUAGGAUAUACCUACGGGCAUUAUGAACCUUACACAACUGUGCCCUUAGGUACGAAAGCUGUCAUUGAGACAAUUUAUGAGCCUCCCCAAAUAUCUGAAGCGGACGGUGUUACUCUAGAAGAAUGGCCAGAAGAAGCUUUGGUGGAUCGUGUAGCGGCUGCAUGCGGACUUCGUCGAGUUGGUAUUAUUUAUACUGACUUGACUGAUGAUGGUAGUGCUACUGGAAAAGUCCUUUGCAAGCGUCACGCAGACUCUUACUUUUUAUCUUCUCUUGAAGUUUGCAACUCUGCACAUUUCCAAUCCAAAUUUCCUAAUCCAAGCAAAUGGUCUCAGACCGGAUUUUUUGGAUCCAAAUUUGUCACUUCUGUCAUUAGUGGGAAUUUCAACGGUGAAAUUGAAGUUACGUCUUACCAGGUAUCCAAUGUAGCUACUUCCCUAUUCAAGGCCGAUUUAAUUCAGCCUAGUAUUGAUCCAGAUCGCAUGCUAGUGAAACGAGAAGACAAAUCUCGCUAUGUGCCGGAUGUCCUUUAUCGAUACGUCGAUGAAUACAAAAAACAGGUCUCUAAAAAUGCAAAGCCUGCUUUUCCUGUUAGCUUUUUGCUCGUAACCUUAACAGAUGGAUUCCCAGAAGAACCUACUCCCAUGUUUGCCAAGCAUAAUACAGCAUUGCCGACAGUUAUAGAAACAGCUGAUGAGACUGGUCGUUUGAGACAGUUGGCAAAGCUUUUUGAUCAUGAUGCCGUAAAAGAUGGCAGCCUUUCUAACUUUCCCAUCAUUUUGUUAUUAGCCCAGUUAUCCAUUUUAAAAGAGGAUGAUAUGGAAGCCUUUGCGAAAUAUGCGAUGUCUCCAACUGAAGAAAACGAGAAGAAUUUAAACACAAGAGAAAGCUACCAGACUUUAUUGGCUGUACUCUACAGCAGCCUUUAA